AUGGGCAGCACCUGUCCAUCACCCCUUUUAGGGCCUCAGCGACCAUUCCUCCUUUUCCUGCUCCUAUGCAUAUCCCAACUCUCCGCGGCGUUGAAAUUCGAUCUCCACGCAAUCCCUCAAAAUGGGAAAAAUGAACGGUGUAUACGUAACUUCGUCAAUAAAGAUCAGCUAGUUGUUGUCACGGCGAUUGUGGGCGGGCAGAAGGGCGACGGGCAGAUUGUCAAUAUGCAUAUCAAGGACUCAAUGGGAAAUGAUUAUGGCAGACCCAAGGACGUUGUUGGCGAGAAACGACAAGCCUUUACCUCCGGUGCAGAUACCGCAUUUGACGUGUGCUUCGAGAACAUCCUCGUUAAUGGUCGGCACUCCGGCAAUUUAUUCCGCCCCAUUGAACUGGACAUUGACAUUGGCGCCGACGCGCGAGACUGGUCCGCCAUCCAGGCACAGGAGAAGUUGAAACCCGUUGAGGCUGAUCUGCGCCGUAUUGAAGCGAUGGUUGGUGAGAUAGUGACGGAGAUGGACUACAUGAGGACCCGUGAGCAGAAGCUGAGAGACACCAAUGAGAGCACGAAUGAGCGGGUUAAAUGGUUUGCCUUUGGAACUAUGGGAAUGCUUGUUGGACUUGGCGCAUGGCAGGUUGUAUAUUUAAGGGCGUAUUUCAGGUCGAAGCAUCUUAUCUAG